AUGUCCUCUCCUAACACGCCAUCCAAUGUUGGUGGUCUAGCUCCAUCCAGUCUCGAACAAAUCCUCAGACUACGUCACGAACGGAAUCAGCGAACUCCUAAAUGUGCUCGAUGUCGAAACCACGGCACUGUGUCAGCUCUCAAGGGCCAUAAACGUUACUGUAAAUGGAAGGAUUGCAUGUGCGCGAAGUGUACGUUGAUAGCUGAACGACAACGAGUGAUGGCUGCUCAGGUAGCACUACGACGCCAGCAGAGCCAGGAAGAGAAGGAAGCCAAGGAUCUACAGAUACUCCUAGGAGGAAACGCCAAUGAAUUGCUCGAUAUGCUACGCAGAAAUGAACAGUCAGGAAUGUCCAUGCCAGCUGAUAAUGAUGACAGUUCAACAAGUGACGAGCCUCAUGCAGAUAUGAAGCACAUGGAACCAAUGGACGCUAAUCGCAGCUCUCCGUCAAGUCCCCCAAGAAAUGAACAGAGUUCAUCCUCCUCACCGCCACUCAACCCUUUCCCAACUCAAAUCUUCCGAACUCCACCGUUUCCAAUGCCAAUCUUCAAUCCACUCUUCUAUCAGAGAAAUAUGAUGCGUUUCGCUGGAGUGCCCAUUCAGUUCCCGUUUUCGGGUAUGCUGCCGCCGGACGCGUUCGCCACCACCGCGGCCGCCGUUCAAUCGCUCGAGCCGUCGAUGUUCCCGCAGACCGUUCCACUUGACUUUUGUCAACGCAAACCGCCACGAGAUGAUUGA